AUGGAUCCCUUUUCAGCAGAAGGAGAGCUCCUCAACAUCCACAAUGCCUUCUACCAAGGCCAGUAUCAAGAAGUAGUCGACUUCGAUACCUCCUCCUUCUCCUCCGAAAAUACUCUCACGGCCCGUGUUCUACAGUUGCGCGCACAGAUAGCUCUCGGCCAGAGCAAAGAUGUCCUACAAAGCAUAAAAGCCGAGCAGGACACACCCGAGCUGGCUGCAGUAACAGCGUUGGCGCAACAUGCCUCUGGAAACGAAGCGGAGGCCCUGAAGCUGGCCGAAGACCUGGCAGCCAACUAUGAAGACAACCCAACAGUGCAGGUACUCGCUGGCUUGGUGCUACAUGCGCAAGACAAGGCCGCGGAGGCUCUGGCCUUGCUGUCGAAGCAUUCUGGAAAUCUUGAAGCUGUCGCCUUGAUAGUCCAGAUACACCUCCAACAGAAUAGGUCCGAUCUCGCAUUAAAGGAGGUCCAGGCAGCAAGAAGAUGGGCACAGGAUUCGUUACUUGUCAACCUGGCAGAGUCCUGGGUAGGAAUGAGAGUGGGUGGUGAAAAGUACCAAGCUGCUUUCUACGUCUAUGAAGAACUCGCAUCCGUUCCCAGUACGUCCUCGGCACUAUCGAUAGUCGGCCAGGCGGUGUCUGAGCUACAUCUGGGCCGUCUACCUGAAGCAGAGGCCGCACUCCAGUCUGCCAUUCAAAAAUACCCAGAAGAUCCACAGGUGCUCGCAAACUCGAUUGUACUGAAUGCGAUUAAUGGAAAGGAUAAAGACGAACUGAUAGCAAAACUGAGCAAGGUUCAACCUGACCAUGCAUUUCUCACCGACUUGGAGGAGAAGUCUGCACUCUUCGACGCGGCCGCAGCGAAGUAUUCCGUCAAAGCCUAG